AUGGAUGCAUGCUUGACUGGUAGUACGUGUCUUAUCCUUUUUUCAUUGUUAGUGGAGACAAUCGCACUAUCUUCUCUGCAAGAAAAACAUGCACGUGAAGAGUUGAAGGGGAAAAAUCCAGAAAAUCAUUUCGACUUACCGGCGGAAUCUCAUGACGGCAAACUCCUAGAUACCAAUCUCCGGAUUAAUUACUAUGAUGUUGAAAUGACUGGUGCGAAACCAGCACUCUGCGGUGAUUAUUCCACCUUAGUGCUACCUUCCUACUCAGUUAGAGAAUCACAAUCGAUUGGCACCCAAAUUCUGCACAAGCUUUACUACCAAAAUACUCGAGAAGUAUAUACGCAUGACGAGUGUAACCACCAAUGUUUUUAUGGCUGUCGCCCGGCAGGGUAUGACGAGAUAAUAAUAGACGAGUUGAUCGAGCGUGACAUACCUGACUUACUUAUUUACCAGUGCGAAAGGUAUCACUUAAUCUUCUGA